AUUGGAUCUCAUAAUGAUAAUAACUGAUUGAGGUUCAUUGAAUAUUCAUUGGUGAUCCAAAACAUAGGCUGUCAACUAUAACUUCAUCCUAUCUUUCACUUUUAUCACUUCAUCACCUGUUAAAUAGUUAACUUCAUCCUAUCUUUCAGUUUUGCUCACUCUACCUUCUAAAUUGGCUCAAUGCUUCUGAUAGGUUUGAAUUUUUUGUCUGGCUCUCUUCAUGAUAGUUGCUAGGUCAGUGGACUGUGACUGUUGGGCAGAGGAAGAAACAAACCUCAGUUCAAGGUUACAAAGGAUUUAUGUGUCUACAAUGAAAUGGGACAUCAGCCAAUGAUCAGCAGGAACAUAAAGCUAAUAAUUUUCGGGACCAAAUCCUUCAGAAAUAUCUCCUUUCGCUACUGGUUGUUCAAUUUGCGUCUUAUGGUAAUGACUUCGCCUUUUUCAUGUAUUCAAACAAUUAUAAGUUGCUUUCUGGAGGGCCCUAUACCUUCUACCAUUUCAUCCUUGACAAGCUUAACUAACUUAUAUGAAUCCUCUUAGUUCAUUCUGUGUUAACAGUAGCCAUUGAAAUUAUACCGAGAAAGUACUGUCAUCUUUGUUCCGAUGAUUUUCAGGCAGAUCACAAACUUAGAAGGCAGGGUGUAGACACCACAUUUUGUCCGGGUCAAAACAUAUUUUUGUUUAAAAUUUGCAAUAGC